AAAGAAGAAGAAGAUGAACUUCCGGUUCGCGAUUCGCUAACCGGAAGUGAACAUCAACAUCAGUGACAUCUUGGAAACAGACUCAAAAACCCCUGGGAAAAAAUCCACUUGUGUUUGUUUUGCUCACAGUCUCUCUAUUUUAAAAAGUGUUAAUUCGUCGUGUUUGGGUCCGAGUUGAACCAAACAGCCGCAGCCGUCGUGCUGAGCGGAGCUGGGUUUAGCUAGCUGCGCUCAACAUGGAGCCGCGGGGCCGCAGCGACGAAGCGGCAGCGAGCAGGACUUUCUCCUCUCAGGCGGCGCUCAUCCUGCGGCUGGCCGUGGAGGCUGCCGCCGCCCUGCUGCCGGAGCCUCCGGGCCAGCAGGCCACGGACCGCCCGGCGUGGCAGGCUCAGUUCAGCAGCGUCAUGGAUGUCAUGGCCCGAGAGGCCGUUCGUAAGAUCUGCAGGGUGUUCACCGAGCUGUACGUCGCCGUGCUGAAGGAGAACGAGGCUCUGAGGGGCCAAGUGGGCCGGCUGGAGGCCGAGCUCAGGUCAAAGGUCAAGAGGAGCGCUCUGGAUGACAAGAGCCGGCCGCAGACCGUCUACAAGAUCAAACGCUCAGAUGGACCCUCCCUGUCGCUCGACAUCAACCAAUCAGCAGCUGACCCCGCCGCCUUGGCGAUGGCCAUCCUCAACUCCACCAAGUCCUCGGGCAGAGCCUCCAGCAGCCCCCAGGUUCCUCUGGUGAUCAUCAGCCAGCCGGUGCAGGGUGGCGGCGCCGCCUCCUCGCCUCCGGGCACAAACCAAACUGCUGCGGUUUCCCAGGUGAUGCUGGAAGAGGCGGGGCACUCCGAUAACCCCGCCUCCCCGCUGACGGCUUGUGAUGAAGCUGCUGUGUCGGCUACAGGCCAAACCGCCCCCAACCCCUACAUACCCCUGGUGGAUAUCAGCCAGGUGCUCCAGCGUGUGAUGUCACUUCCUGUGGUUGAAGGUGAAGCAGCCGCCGUUGCCAGUGAGGUCACGGCCCAGACAGAGGAAGAAAAGAUCGAGAUCAGAAACACUGAAGAGAUUCCCGUGGAGACGUCACCCGGUCAAGCCCUCAGUGAAGAAGACAGGAAGGAGCAGGAGCGAAAGAGGAGAAGGGAGCUGUACAAGCAGAAGCGAGUCUUCUGCGAGCUCUGCAACAAGGGCUUCCACCAGAAACACCAGCUGAAGAAACACAUGGUCUGCCACAGCAAGCCUUUCCCCUGCGACCGCUGCGACAAAGGCUUCUACAAGGAGAAGACGCUGCAGACUCACAUGCUGGCUCACAAGGCCAAAGAAGCCCAGGAGAACGAUCCGGAGCGGCUGUUGGACUGCGACCAGUGUGACAGGAAGUUCAAGCUGCCCAGGCAGCUCAGAGUUCAUCUUGUGUUUCACGAGCGCAAAAAAAACCCUCUGAAGUGCCACUCAUGUGAGAAGACAUUCACGACACCAGGCUCGCUGAGGUACCACGAGUUGGCGCAUGCCAAAGUGAAGCCAUUCAUCUGCGACGCCUGCGGCAAAGGCUUCACCAGGAGGAAGAGCCUGCACGAACACCAGACGGUCCACACCGGCGCCAAGCCCUUCCCGUGCCCGACCUGCGGCAAGAGAUUCACAACGGCCAGCAACCUGCGCGUCCACAAGAGGUCGCACUCGGACGACCGGCCGUUCAAAUGCAGUGAAUGCGAAAAGGCCUUCAAGUGUAAAAUGGGGCUGCUGCAGCACCGGAUCGUCCACUCUGGGGAGAAACCGUUCGUCUGUCAGACGUGUGGACUGAGUUUUGGGCUCAAGUACAACCUCCAGAGGCACAUGCGCCUCCACAACGGAGAGAAACCCUUCAGAUGUGAGAAGUGCGAGGAGCGGUUUUCGGGAACCUGGGCGCUGAAGACCCACAUGCUCGUCCACGGCGUCGAGAAGCCCUUUAUGUGCGACCUGUGCGGGAAGACGUUCUUCUACAACUGCCAGCUGCAGAAGCACCAGCAGCUGGUGCACGAGAGCAGCCGGGGCGGAGCCAAGGUCACGAGGAGAGCGGUGCGAAACGCAACGCAGGCGAAGCCCUUCAGCUGCAAGAUCUGCCUGAAGAGCUUCUGCAGCGCUUACUCUCUGAAGACGCACGAGAAGAGCCACGCCGAAAACAAGGAGUUCACCUGCGACGUGUGCGGGAAGUCGUUCCACCUGAAGCACCUAUACCUGUACCACAUGCGGCGGCACAGCGGCGAGCGGCCAUAUGUCUGCGGCGUCUGCGAGAAGGCCUUCCUGCUUCUGUGCCAGCUGAAGCAGCACGAGCUCCUCCACACCGGGGAGAAGCCGCACAAGUGUGAGCAGUGCGGGAAGGAGUUCCGGACACCGCAGAACUACCACCGGCACCUGCUGGUGCACACCGGGGAGAAACCGUACGAGUGCACCGUGUGCAGCAGGAAGUUCCGCCAGUCCAACCAGCUGAAGUCGCACAUGCAGAUCCACACGGGGGUGAAGCUGUACUCCUGCGAGCGCUGCGGACAGGGCUUCUCCGACUCCAGGCAGCUCAAGAAACACAACUGUGCCGACAAGUACCAGAACUCAUUUGGUAACGCCACAAAACGCAGGAAACAGUCGAGCAUUUUCCCGUGGACAGAGUGAUCUGCCGACAAUCACUGACUUGAAUGUGUUACUUUGUCAUUUUGAAGAGUUGCUGUGGUGUUUUUUCUGCUGCCUCAGUAUUGAUUUUCUUGUUGAACCCAUGGCCUUUGUUGAAGACUGUCGCUGAUACACACCUGUAAUGUGCUCCCUUUAUAUGUUGUUUGGUUUUCAUCGCUUUCUUUUCUGAUAUUAAAGUGAUAGUUUGGUUUAUAGUGGGAUCCUCCAAGUUUGGCCCACCAGCUCCUCUCUGCACCAGGACUGUUCCUGUCCAGAAAGAAUGAAGUGGAUCUGGACCGGCAUUUUGAACUGGAAAAAAUUAUUUAAUGGACGCACAACUCUUGGGACUCAUUAUCCACUCUGGCCUCUUGCUUGCCAACAGGUGGAAGUACUUUCUGUAACACUACGCAGCAACAGCUCCCCUCAGCGUUAAUAGUUAAUCCUCAAAACAUGUUGCUGUGCAUCCUUCAAAACAUUUUUGUCAGAUCAAAACUUGGAGGAUCUAUCACGCUGGUACAGAGGAGGAAGUAGCACUGGAUGUGGAAGAGUCCUAGUCCUCAUUUUAAAGUCACUUUGGUGGCGGGGAACGAUCAGCUGACCAGGGAUGGGCUUGGUGAUGUGAUGCAGGGAUGUGGUGACAGUUCUUUCACUGACAUGCGGGAACAGCAGGAGAACCGGAGCUCAGCUGCUGAGCACCAACACAAACUAAACACUGAGAACUCUGCUCUGUUUGUCUGUGUACAUUCAACAUUUAAUAUUGUUUGUGUGACGUUGGCUGUAGAGGUCUGAGGAAGAACAGCACAUUUGAAUGUAGAGUUUAGUAGGUCAAACAUUUAUUUUAUAGUAACAAGUAUGACAUUUUUCAAGUUUAAAAGGGAAUGGUGGAAAUUCAGGCAGCAUCAGUGAGCCUGAUUUUAGCCAGCCCAUCAACAAUAGAAUGUUUCUUUUCCAUUGAAUGAGUUAUUCACCCAAGAAAUACACUUUUCGUUUUUUCAUGUCAUGUUAGUUGACUCAAUGGUGAAGUUGGCUGGUGCAGCUUCGUUUCAGCUUUCUCCAAAACAGCUGGAGUGAACAGAGACUUGGGUUAGAGCAGCAAACAGCUGCAAACAGAGGUAGUCUUAUAUGGAGCUAAGAAUCUGCUUCUUCACCUCCAGGGGGCGCCGUAGAGGCUGAAACUGAGCUAAACCGUCAAAUGAGCAGCGGUCAAUGGGACUUUACCACGAAAUAAGCUCUGUGCAUGAUAAUCAUGUUUUUCCUGAGUGUGGGUGAAAAUGAGCAGCCGCUGGUUCAGAAGAUCCACAUUUCUCUGAGCUCAGAUGAAGGAAAUGUGGAUCCAUUUAGGAAGCAAAUGAUUCGUUCCCCUGUGGUUCUGCAGCCAGUCAGCAGCACAGAACCUCAAUGCGAGUGGAAAUCUGAUGAAACUCACAUCAUUUUACAGCCAUGGAUUAUAAUUUCAGUUUAUAAUCCUGUCUACAUCAGAAAUAUUGACAGGAACAGUGCAGUUACUGAUCAAUAUCUGGAAUCAAAUGGACUGAUCAGUUGUGAGCAUUUAGCCCCACUGACCAACACACAUUCUGCUCUGUUUAGCUCAGUGCUGCCACCACUGGACAAAACACUGAACUGCAUUGUGUGUUUCUGUCUCAGAGGAGUUGGUGGCCAUUGUCUGGCUUCCUCUCUCUCUGCAGAGCUUGAUUUAAAAAAGAAAAUGACCAUGAAUUACUGCAAACAACAGAAUCCAAACAUUGUGAAGCCAAAUGAUCAGGAACUCCAAUAUUUACCUCAAUGUGUCUUAGAUUGUCCACAUCAAUUGUGCACAUGCAAACAUCACCGCAGCCACAACCAGGGGGCGCUGUUGGGAUUAUCAUGAAACCAGGAGGGUAAAUCCUGCCAGUGGGAAGAAUGAACCACCUUCUGUAUCCAGGCAACCAUACUCAAAAUCUAUAAUCUAGAGCUCACAUUAAAUGACCUCACAUGACCUCUACCUCCUGUCAAACAGAGCGUUGUAAACAGUGACGUCAUCCUGCCCCAGUGGGUAUCAGUUAAACUUUCAACCAAUUAAACCUUAACAAACCUGUAAACCUCCUCUCUCAUCCACCUUUCUCUUCAAAAUAAAAGUAUGUUUCUCUCCCAAACUGAGAUCCUGUGGGUUUGCACUUGUGAAUGAUCCUUCCCUGCAGCACGUCCUUUGCCGCGUCCUUCCUGUUUCAGUCAAGAAAGUCAGAGUCAAUUUCAAGGGGUCUUUAAAGAGGAACAUGUCAUUUCAGCCUGGCUGUGAUGGAGACGAGCCUGUGGAAAGGAUUGGUCAGCAAACCACAACUAAAAAUGCAAUUUUUGUCAUGCAAAGUGAAUUCAUCCUGAUUAAAAUCUCAUCCUGUAUCGUAACAGAAAUAAAUACGUUUGGGACAUAACUGUAUAUUAUUUCAUCACUGUAUGAGCUACAAAUUGAGGUCAUAAACUUACCACAGACAUGAGUUGGUGUGAGUGUGUCAUGCAGUUUUGUAAUCAAUAAUAGUCAUGUUUUCUUGAGUGUUAAAUAUAGUCUGUGUAUUAAAGUUUUAUUUUCUCUUGUCGA